CAGUUGUGAGGCUAAGUGGGAAGGGCCAUCUUGGCAGGAAGUUACGGUUGAAAAGAAGCUGUCAGAGGCUCGAAACCUUCACAGAGAUAAAAAUAAAACUGCUGGAGAGGAGAAGGCAAGCUUGCCGUGAAUGCAGCGGGAACCUCCUGGAGGCCUAUUAAACAACCACAACCACAACAACCCCUGACAGGCGCACAGCUGAGCAGACACAGCAAGUCCCUCAUGGAGCAAAGGGCACUAUUUAGCCGAUCAGCUGAGAAGAUCCUUCAGUGGAGGUAACCAAAGAGAAACACUGAAUAGCAACAGAGACAAUUCCUUAGAGACUGGCCUGGAUUUACAGUUGAAAGGCGGGAUCUUGCCAUCAUGCCAUUCAGGAGAUGGCCGCCCCAGGCAGGAAGCAGCUGGAACAGACUGAAGCAAAUGGACCCCAGGAAGAAAGGUGGCAGAGGUGUUAUAGCGUCAAUGAUUCACCUGGACUCCACGCUAGGUGCAGGGAGCCGCCUUGUUCUCAUGAAGAUCCUGCCUGUAGAGUGGACUCUCUGCUCCUUAAUGUCACCGCUCAGGGUCUUUGUCCGUCAUCAGGGAGGAUACCAGGGGGUCCCAUCUCAGUUAGCCUGUCCCAGACCAAGCCAGAAAGCACUGAAGAACGUGUCCACUUCUGAAGCCAUUGAGAAACACCGAAAAAGCCUGGCCGAUUGGUUCUGCCAACAGCCUAAUGAGGAGCGACAGUUUGGCCCUUCUUUCACUCUGGACACAACCCACGUGGACCCAGUGAUCCGGGAGAGCUCCCUGGAGGAGAUCCUGAAGCCUUCCCCAGAGAUGACCAUCCAGAACCAGCUCCAGGCCUCCCGUAGCCACGUCAUCGGACUCCAUAACCUCUUUGACGUGGAUGCCUGUGGGAACCAGGUGAAGAACGUGGUUCUCUACGGCACAGUGGGCACCGGGAAGAGCACCCUCAUCAAGAAGAUGGUGAUGGACUGGUGCCACGGCCGCCUGCCUCGCUUUGAGCUGCUCAUCCCGUUCUCCUGCGAGGACCUCUCCCAAGGCAACGCGCCCAUCUCCUUGCGACGUGUGAUCACCAAGAAGUACCUUCACCUCCGGGAGCUGGUGCCCACCUUGGGCUCCACCAACCUCAGGGUGCUCUUUGUCCUCAAUGGCCUGGACCGCCUCAACCUUGACUUCCGCCUGGCCCACACUGAACUCUGCUGCGACCCCAACGAACCAAUCCCUCCGUCCGCCAUUGUGGUCAACCUGCUGAGGAAGUACAUGAUGCCAGAGGCGAGCAUCAUUGUCACUACUCGGCCCUCUGCAGUGCGCCGGAUCCCCAGCAAGUUCGUGGGGCGCUACAUCGAGGUCUGUGGCUUCUCCGACAUCAACCUGCAGAAGCUCUACUUCCGGAUGCGCCUGCACCAGCCCGAAUGCAUCGGAGCCUCCGGCCCUCCCACAGCAGAGGAAGCGAAUGAGCAAGACAACCUGGUGGAAAUGCUUUCCAGGAACUUGGAGCGGCAUAACCAGAUCGCAGCUGCCUGCUUCCUGCCUUCCUACUGCUGGCUGGUGUGCACCACUUUGCACUUCCUGUACUUCACCAAGUCGGUGCCCCCAGCCCAGACCCUCACUGGAAUCUACACCAGCUUCCUGCGGCUCAACUUCAGUGGGGAAGUGCUGGACAGCACUGACCCCUCCGACAUCUCCAUGAUGAAGUAUGUGGCCAAGACAGUGGGCAAGCUGGCCUACAAGGGAGUGAUGUCCCGGCAGACCUCCUUCUCGGAAGAGGACCUGCGGCGCUGCUUCGAAGUGGAGAUGAAGACGGAGAGCGAGCUCAACCUUCUGAACGUCUUCCGCAGAGACGUCUUCAGCUUCUUCCUGACGCCCUGUGUGCAGUCAGGCAAGGAGCAUACCUUCGUCUUCACCAUCCCCGCCAUGCAGGAAUACCUGGCAGCCCUCUAUGUGGUCUUGGGUGAGAAGAAGACCCUGACGCAACGAGUGGGCAAGGAGGUCUCUGAGGUCAUUGGCAAGGUGGGCGAAGACGUGGCCGUGGUCCUCAGCAUUGUCUCCAAAGUACUGCCUCUGCGAAUCUUGCCUCUGCUUUUCAACCUCAUCAAGAUCUUCCCCCGCUACUUCAGCCGGUUCAGUAGCAAGGACCGCGACACCAUUGCCCACACCAUGGCGGUUGAGAUGUUCAAGGAAGAGGACUACUUCAACGACGACGUAUUGGAUCAGAUCAACUUCAGCAUCCUCGGGGUGGAAGGCCCCAUGCGUCAUCCAGACGAGGCUCCAGAUGAUGAGGUGUUUGAACUCUUCCCAAUCUUCAUGGGCGGCUUGCUGUCACGGCGUAACCGGGCCAUCUUGGACCAGCUGGGCUGCCCCAUCAAGAACUUGGCGGCCUUUGAGAUCGCCAAGGCCAUGAAGAAAACGGUCAUCCGCAACAGCCGCAAGGGCUUGCCGCCGUCUGAACUCAUGGACUACCUCUUCUUUCUGCACGAGUUCCAGAAUGAGCGUUUCACGGCUGAGGCUAUUCAGUCCCUGAGGACCAUCAACCUCUCCUCUGUCAAGAUGACCCCUCUCAAGUGCUCUGUCCUGGCGUCCGUCGUGGGCACCACGAGUCACGAGGUUGAGGAGCUGAACUUGGCCUCUUGUCACCUUGAUGUCAACAGCCUGAGGAUUCUCUUCCCCAUCUUGUUACGGUGCAAAAAGCUACACUUGCAGCUCAACAGCCUGGGGCCUGAAGCCUGCAAGUUGAUCAGGGACCUGCUGUUGCACGAGAAAUGUGUGGUGAGCACCUUAAGGUUGGCGGACAACCCUGUGAUGGAACAGGGCGCCCACUACCUCGCUGAAGGCAUUGCCGGAAACAGCUCUUUGACGCACCUGUCGCUGCUGCACACCUCUCUGGGGAACCAAGGCGUGGAGGUGAUCACCCAGCACCUGGCGACGAACCGGAACCUGCAGGAACUCGACGUGGCCUACAAUUCGGUGACUGACGCGGUUGCGCUGGCCCUUGUGGGGGAAGCCAAGCAGCAUGUGACGCUAGAAACAGUCCAUUUGUAUUUCAAUGAGAUCAGCGAGGAAGGCAAGCAAGCCCUUCACGCUCUGCGCAAGGACCGUGAUGGCAUCAAGGUGCUCAUCUUCCUGUCGAUGGGGGCUGACGUCUCUGAUUAUUGGGCCAUCAUCCUGAACGUGGUCCAGAAGAACCUGCCCAUCUGGGACCGGGACAGAGUGCAGCAGCAUCUUGGCUUGCUCCUGGAGGACUUGCGGUGCAGCCGCCAGCGAACCGCCAACCCUUGGAAGAAGGCCAAGUUCAUCCGCGUGGAGAACGAGGUCAAGAGGAUGCUGGGAGACCUUCAACGGGGGAGUCUCUAGCGCCCCACUCCUGCCGGAAUCUUCUGGGGAAAGGCGUGCACUGGUGCCAGUUUGGGAAAGGCAACCCUAGGGGGAAAGUGUGGUGCUAUGGGGUGCCUACAACCAACCCACUACUACUGGAGUCGUAGCAGAUUUUUCCGCUGUGGGAUGAGCUACUGCCUUCAGGACCUGCCUGUGUGCUUCCCAGGUCCAUCUGAUUGGCCGGUGUGAGAACAGGAUGCUGGACUAGAUGGGCUUUUGGCCUGAUCCAUCAGGGGUCUUCUUAGGUUCUUUGGAAUAAAAGUAUGGGAGGGCUGUUGCCUUCCUGCCCUGCCUGUGAGCUUCCCGAAGCCAUCUGAUUGGCCACUGUGGGAAACAGGAUGCUGGACUAGAUGGCCCUUUGGCUUGAUUCAUCAGGGCUCUCACGAUGUUCUUAGAAACCUGGCUCCCUCACAUCUUCACAGUGCAGAUGGCAGAUCUCCACACCAGCAUUCAAACUCUGGUUCAGUUGUCAGUUUCUCCCAUCUUCCCUGUUUCUGAUGAACUGACUGCCUUAAUUUUUUUUUUAAAGUCCUAUCUAUGCAUAUUCACUUAGUUUCAUUUGCUGCCUUAUUGGUGGGUUUUUUUAAUGAAAUGAAGCAAACAGUUUUUUAGAAGAUGAAAAACUACUCCCAGGUGGAUGAGAGGACCACGGUGAGUUGCGCUGGCAAAGGUGGCUUUUGUACACCGAAAGUGAAGGGUGUUUUUGUGUUGCCUUGAGGAACUUCUGCUUAGCCCUGAAAGCAAUACUGCUUGUCUCCAGCCCUUCUGAUCAAUUCCAGAAUACAAAUACCUCCUCACAAGACAUGCCUUGUUCCCUGCAACAGUGUGACUUCUCCCCACCUUUUCAAAGAUUCACGACUGUGGCAUGAUGGAUCCCACAGUCAUGUUUGGGGCCAAGGACUAAAACUGUUUGUUUAUAUCACCGAGGACUAGUAGCAUGUGGAAUUUGGUGGCUUAUAGCCCUUCUGGACAUUUUUUUGCCCCUGUUAGCAGCCUAUAACUAUGCAAUGUGCCAUUCAUUCCCACCUACCCAGUGUUCGGUUUGAUUCUCCUGAAAAAGCCGAAAGGAGUGAUUUGGAUGGUAUGAUGAUGCGUAGCCCAGUUGUUCAUCUCACACCAAAUUUCUGGACUGCUGUUUGAAUCGAGGACUCGGAGAUGGAAACAGCGAACAUGAACCAAGGGUUGGGAUGUUUUGGGGCUGGGGGGAAUGGUUCAUUUGUUGUGCCUCCUCAAAAAUAAAAGCACUUUGUUUUAACUAAA